CUGGAUCUGGUCAACAUCUACCCUCUCGAACCGCCUUAUCUGAAGUCAAAUAGUAUUUCAUCAAGCUUCAAUUCUUCAAUUAUUUUGACCAAUUCUGUCUAUCAAGUCUAGUUUCCAGUUUGUAUUAAAAAAUCCAAUUCAUUAUAUUGCUACUUCUGUGGAAUUCUCAAGACUACAAUAACCACAAUGACAACAAUGACCAUUGACAUUUGAUGAAGACGGAGAAGAAACCUCGAUAGAACUAAGCCUCUCUGUCCUUUGGCUUUACGAACGAAAGAAAAUGGAGUUCAUACUUCGAUGUAAUGCACUGAAAUGUCGGAAAGAAUUGAGCGAUCAUGCAGUAGUUACAACCUGCAGGUUCGUGUUUCUUCGAAUUCCUGUUUCAUCUUCGCUUUCAUUCGAUCUUUCCAUUACUUAUUUUCAAUAGUCAUGUCUUUUGUAUUGAGUGUUCAAAUCAAUCCCAGCUCUCUACUAACACACAAGAUAAUCGACGAUCAACAUGUCCUGCAUGCGACAUGCUUCUACCAAAUCCUGAUGAUGUCGUUGUCGCGAAUUUAAACCCUAGCGAGGACUACAAGACGAGUGUGUUGAGUGGGCUCACUCCGGGUGUCAUAGUGGAGUGUGCAGGUCGAGCUUUGAGUUUCUGGGCAUAUCAAACAACCCAGGAGAUGUUCGUGUACGCAUUCUGCCACGGAAAGCUUUGCUGACUAUUUUGAAGUGUUUACCAAGAAUACCUGGCCAAAAGUUUGACAGACAAGUACUCGACAUUGAAUACCCAGAUGGACAAAAUUAUACAUGACGCGAACAGCGAAAUAUCUAGUCUUCGCAACAAAAUUAUUAGUAAGUUAUGUUAUGAUUCUCUGGAUGCUUGACAAAACGCUAAUCAAUGUGCUUAGGUAUGAGUACGGAUCAGGAUGCUUUGAGACGAAAGAAUGAAGAGCUCAACCACCAUCUUAGAGAGAAGAAUAAGAAGUUACUCCAAACACAGGAACUUUACGAUAAGAUGAAGCGUAAAGGAUUGUUGGAUCAAGUUCAGACAGCUGCUUCAAACGCAGUUGAUGACACCAUAGAAGCGACCGUAACUGGUAAUCGCUUCGCUGACAAUACAGGCACCGACAACCAGAGACCGCACCAACAACCAUUUUACACUAACCAACAGGCUGGUGGAAUGCAUCAAAGCGGCGGUUUUCACAAUCCAACUAUGCCACCACCCCCUCUCCAAAGAAGAAGACACAGUAGCGGUUGGGAUGCUAUUGCUGGUCAAGGACUCGGCCAAGGAUCUCAGCGACGUAGGAGAAAAAUCAUGCUAUAAGACUAUAAUACAAAUUGCUCAUAAAAUUAACAGUAAACCAAGUUCAAGCGACUCCUUCCUCCCAUCGACAGCCUUUGAUAUCUGGCAAUUUUCCUCCUGUCAGUAUUGGCAUGAACAAUCUACAACACCAUAUGGCUGGAACCCCUUUAUCUUUAUCUCAAGGACGAGUUACCGUUACUCCCCGUCGGACUCCACUUUCUGGUCUUAAUGUCAAUGUUGGACAAGUUUCUGGCUUCGCGGGUUACGGCAUGCGGGCCGGCCUGAAGGUCGGGAACCAGGGAGCAUCUGUAGCAUCUGAAUUUUCUAGACCGAGUGUUCGAUCAGGUAUGACCAAGUUAUCUAUCUUGCUCUUCAUAUAUCUGCUAAACUUCCCAUAGUAGCGCAGAGACCUGGCUCCAACCUUGCCUUUAGUCGUGACUCAGGACUCGGCACGCCAUCAAUUUCUCGGGGUGAGAAUAACUACUACUGAUGUGGUUGCCUAAUUUUGAUAUAAAUCUUUGCUAUUCGGACUAAUUUUGACUCACUAAUCAGACCAGUUCCAAAUGGUGUUUUAUAUUACUACACUGCCAAAUUUACAUUUAGCUGGAAUGAAAAUUCAAUGACGUUAUAUAUUCAAAUUGGUGAACUCCUUUUCUUUGCUCCCGGUGUU